AUGGCGUCGCAAGUCCCUACCCAGGCUAACAUCCAGUCUACCCAUCCUUUUACCUGCAACACAUGUCAAGUCGCCUUCCGGUCGAGCGACCUGCAGCGGGCGCACAUGCAAACCGACUGGCACAGGUACAACCUCAAGCGUCGCGUCGCCUCCCUCCCACCGCUGUCCUCUGAGAUCUUCACCGAGAAGGUCCUCGCAAACAAGGCCACCGCUGCCGCCACUGCCGCCAAGGCUUCCUUUGAGAAGGUGUGCACUCCCUGCCAGAAGACGUACUUCAGCGAGAAUGCCUACAACAACCACUUGAACUCGUCCAAACAUCGCAUCAAUCUGGCCAAGUCAGGCAGAGGCGCGCAACUAGAUGACGCUGCCUCGGUCACCGGCUCCAUGGUCAGCUCUGCCUUUUCCCUGGGAGAGUCCAUGGCUGAUUCCGAAGUCACUACCGUCAACGGAGACGCAGACAAGGAUGUUGCACAUGUGGCCGACGGUUUGAAGAAUGCGAGCAUCGAGGAACAAAAUGCCGAACAGGCUGCCACUGCCGAUGGCGACAAGACUUCCGUUGCCGCAUCCAACAAGCCUGCUAGCGAUCCCCUCCUAGACUGCCUGUUCUGCAACUACAAGUCACCCAACUUCCAGCUCAACAUUACCCACAUGGGACGCUUCCACGGCAUGUUCAUACCAGAGAAGGAAUUCCUUGCACAGCCCGAGGGGCUUAUCAAGCACCUCCAUGAGAAGAUCCAUGCUUACCAUGAGUGUCUUAAGUGCCACAAGGUUUUGCACACUGCCUCAGGUAUCCAGACGCACAUGCGCGAUCGUGGCCACUGCAUGAUCGCAUUCGACACCGAUAUCGAGUUGGUUGAGAUUGGCGAGUUCUACGACUUCCGCAGCUCCUACCCUGAUGCUGCCGAUUUCGACGAGAUGGCAGAGGAGGCUGAAGAUUCAGACGACUCGUCCUCCACAACAGGAGGCGGAAUCAAGCUCGGCGCCAGGCGCGAGACCAAGACCACUACAGAAGACGACGCAGCCAUGUCGAGCAACGCCGAGGAAGACGAUGCAGGCUGGGAAACCGACAGCACUGUAUCGAGUGUACCGACUGAUGAAAUUACAGCUGUGCCAAUCGACCGCACCCACCGACACAAGUCGCUCAACAAGUCCAAGCACCACAACCACGCAGAUCCACGCCCACAUCGCGCUGCAGACGGCUUCCACUCGCACGCCCACCAUACACCCCAGGCCGUCUACUACGACGAAUACGAGCUACAUCUUCCAUCCGGUCGUACCGCUGGUCAUCGUUCUCUAAACAAGUACUACCGCCAGAAUCUGCGAAACUACCCCGGUGUAGCCGAGCGUAUGGAGGAGGCUCAACGCGCCCGGAUACCCGGCGCCAUCACAGCUGGCGGCGAGGACGACGACGAAGAAGACGAGGACGGUGAUGCCAACAUGGACGGUGAGGAGCGUCAAUUACAAGUUCGUGGACGUGGCCAUGAUCAGGAUCGCCAGCUCAUCUCGCGCGCCAACGGCGGUAGGGGUAUGGUCGGUGUCACCGACGCAAAGAAGAAGGAGAUUCAGGCUAUUGAGAAGCGCGACAGGAAGAAGGAGCAGAAUGCCCGCAGCAGGUACCAGGCUGGUAACGAGAAGAGGCAUAACUUCCAGAAGCACUUCCGUGAUCCUCUCCUACAAUAG